CGGAUGCAACGCGGUGGGCGUCACGAAACGUAGCCGGGGGGGGGGGGGGGGAUAAAUGCUCCGCCGGUGCCAAGACGGAGAAAGAAAAAAAAAUAUGGAAAGUAGAGCAUGAGAAGAAAUAAACAGCAGAUGAGGUGCCGUCGCCGCCAUCUUUGCUUGGUUCCAGCCGCCGCCGCCGCUUCCAAGGACUUCGAAGUUUAGAAAAGAAACCUCGGCGAGGGGAGGAAUUGCCACAUUCUUCGAGCGCGAUACGUCAGUGUGACUCUUUGCUCGACUUUCACUUCUGUAAAGUGCGCAAGAGGAGUCAUACAAGCGACGCGGUCACAUGUCCGACAGGACGUUAGCGGCACUCGCAAAAACGGUCAGGGAUGUCGGGUUUUCGGGUCACAUUUCAGGAUCUCGAACCAGGACCUGAAUGACAAAAUUUGACCCACGGAUGGACCGAUCCAUUUUCCGGGUUGGCAUUCAAACUUCUGCUUUCGUCGUACUGUUCAAAAUUCGAGAUCAUGAGACUAAAACAAAGUUCCGAAACGAUCCAUUUAUCCAUCCAUUUUCUGAGCCGCCUAUCCUCACAAGGGUAGCGGGAGUGCCGGAGCCUAUCCCAGCUGUCAUCGGGUAGGACGCGGGGUACACCCUGAACUGGUUGCCAGCCAAUCGGAGGGGACAUAUGACGAUCGCACUCACAACCACCACUCAAGAACAAUUUAAAGUCUCCAACGAAUGCAAGUUUUUGGGAUGUGUGAGGAAACCGGAGUGCCCGGAGAAAACCCACGCAGGCACGGGGAGAACAUGCAAAUUCCACAAAGGCGGGUCCGGGAUUUCAACCCAGCCUCUGGGUGUCCACCUAAUCCGCCACGGGCCUUCAGAAACUGUAGUUCUGGUCCAUGAAGCUUCCACUGGAUCAGCAACGGGACAGUUUUGUUUAGCCAAUCGCAUUUCAAGUCUGUCAGCUCUUGGGUGCCAUCUGGUGGACUCCAGAACUGAAGAGGUCAUUUCAUCAGGCUUACACAAUGUUGUCUUUCCAACCGUCUUUUAUCUAAGGGGUGUGGAACUUCCUGAUCCGCCCGCCGUGGACUGCGUCUGGAGUCGCUGGUCCGAGUGGAGCGCUUGCGACCCGUGCAAGUUAACCAGAAGACGUUCUCGGAGCACCGUGGUGUUCGGGCAGUUCGGCGGCGAGUCUUGCCAUGGUUCCAUUGGCGACCGGGAAUCCUGCGUAAGCAACACGACAUGUCAACAACCUCCACGACCUUCUUGCUCCGACACGGAGUUUCAGUGCGAGUCGGGUUCUUGCAUCAGUAAGAGGCUGAUGUGCAACGGGGACUACGACUGCGAAGACGGAUCCGACGAGGACUGCGAACCAGAGCGGCGUCCGUGUUUUUCCGACGUCCUGGAAAACAACGAGCAAGGCAGGACGGCGGGAUACGGAAUCAACAUUUUGGGAUCGGACCCUCGCAUGAAUCCCUUCAACAACGAUUACUUCAACGGUCGAUGCAGUCGGGUGAGGAACCCGAAAACCGGAAAGGACGACCGGCUUCCGUGGAAUGUCGGCGUGCUCAACUAUCAGACGCUGGUGGAGGAAACGGUCUCCAAGGAAAUCUAUGAGGACACGCAUAGCCUGCUAAACGAGAUCCUGACCGAGAUGAACAGCAAGGUGGACGCGGGGCUUUCCUUCAAGUUCAGCCCGAGCGAGGAAUCCAUGUCGAACAUAAAGGCCAAAGUGGGUUUGGAGCUUCAGUACGAGAAGAAAACCAUGAUCAAGGAGCUUUCCGAGUACUCCAAAAUCAGGAACAAGAGCUUCAUGAGGGUCAAGGGCAGGAUUCAGAUGAGCACCUACAGGCUUCGAUCGCACCAGCUCCAAGUGGCCGACGAGUUCUUGGCGCACGUCCGUUCUUUACCUUUGCAGUACGACAAGGGCACCUACUUCGCCUUCCUGGAAGACUACGGAACACACUACACCCAAAACGGGAAGUCUGGCGGAGAAUACGAACUCAUCUAUGUUCUCAACCAGGACGCCAUCAAGGCCAAAAGUCUGACCGACAGGAAAGUUCAAAAAUGCCUCAAAUUGGGCGUCACGGCGGACCUGACCAUAGAUACGGUGGUCAACUUGGACGCAAACGUCAAAACUGACGACUGUAACGACGUAUCCACAAAAGCGCAAGAUGAGAUCGCCGGGAAAGCCGUUGUGGACAAGGUGAUGACGUCCGUGAAAGGGGGCACCCUAGAAACCGCGGUGGCCAUGAGGGCUAAAUUAAAUAAGGACGGACUGAUGGACAUCAGUACCUAUCAGGCGUGGGCUCGCACCAUCGCCGACGCCCCGGCGCUGCUCAGCAGUGAGCCCCGGCCCAUUUACACGCUGGUUCCCCUGGACAUGGCCGACGCCAACGUGAGGAUCGCCAACAUGAAGCGGGCCACGGCGGACUACGUGGCGGAGUACAGCGUUUGCAAGUGCAACCCGUGCCAGAACGGCGGCACCGUCACGCUGCUGGACGGGAACUGCCUGUGCCUGUGCCCGCACCUCUUCGAAGGAAUGGAGUGCCAGAACUUCAGAGGUGACAAAGCCAAGUACACAGGCGAACGGCCCGAGGUCUCUGACGAAGGCAACUGGUCCUGUUGGUCCGGCUGGUCUGACUGCAGCGGGGGGAAACGCACCAGGACACGAGACUGCAACAAAAACAGUCUCCCCGGUGCCUCCUGCAAGGGGGACACCAGCAGUGAAGAGUACUGCUGAGGAAUAGAAUACUGCCCUCUAGUGGUUCAGAUAGCUGGCCUGCUUUUGGAUGCAGAUUUCUACGGUUUUACAAUCUGGCGGGGGGUUUCCAUGGUACA